AAUAUCACUUAUCUAUAGUCCUAGAUCUGUAAUAGGCCUAUAUAGACUCUAUAAUCUAAGAAGAAUUUAGAUCAGUAGAUCUAGAUUCUAGAUGAUAUAUUUAUAAAAUAAUUUAGAUCUAGUCUAAUUAUUAUAGGGCUAUAGUAUACUAUAGUGUAGGAUAUAAUAGGAUCUACACGUUUAAAUAGAAAUAAAUAUAGGCGUCUAGAUUAACUAUAACUAUGAGUCAUAGUAUGAAGUAUGAGUAGUAAGUAGUAAUAUGAGUGUAUCAUGAAGUAGGCCUAUAAUAUGAGCCCUAUGACAGAGGAUUCAGAUCUACAUAUUGAUGUUGAACAACAAUCAUGUCAAACUUCAAAAAACAUUAUUCACACUUGCCAAAUGGUAGCACAGCCCAGGUCACAUUAGGUACCAAUACUCAGGCCUCUAACACUUCUGAAUAUAAACAGGGAGUAGAUCAUGAGAGAUCACAAAAUUUACUAAAGACAGCCUGGAAAAACUUUCAGUCUGGACACUACACUGAUGUUAAAUUUAUUGUGGACAAGAGAACAUUUCAUGCUCAUCGUCUUGUACUAGUUUCUUUGUCUGAUUACUUCACACCUUUGUUUAAGUUUGAUGAAAAAGGAAAUGGGGAGAUAAUUCUACAAAAUGUUUCAUCAGAGGAUUUUGAAAUUUUGUUAAAAUAUGCUUACACUGGACAAGUGGACGUAACACCAGACAAUGUACAAAGUGUUUUGAUCGCUGCUGAUUAUCUCAGCAUUGAGUUUGUUAAAAGAGAAUGUAUAACCUACAUGAAAUCACUCAUAGAUGUUGACAAUGUUUGUGAUGUUCUGGUAUUUAGUAUUAAUUAUACCUUUGCCAACUUGCAGCAGUGUGCUGAAGAAUUCCUAAAAGAACAUUUGGAUAGUGUUUCCAAAACAGAAACAUUUUCAUUGCUGGAUCCAGAAUAUUUGUUUAGUAUUUUGAAUGAUGAUAAUUUAAUUCUCUAUGAAAACAAAAAAUUUGUUAAAAAAUUAGAGCGAGAAAGCAUUGUUUUCAAAUCAGUUUUGAGAUAUUUGACAGCAAGGCUAGAACUAAAUCAAACUGUGUUUGAAUUAUUACUUACGUCUGUGAGAUUGCCAGAGUUAUCUAAUGAAUCAAUAAAAAGGUGCCUUAAGGAAUUCAAAGACAUGAGCAAAAAUGAAACAGUGAAAAGAUUUUUAAAGCUAAAUGAAAUAGCUGUAAAAUGUAUUGAUAAAAGAAAACGGGAUCAUUCAUUUCUCACAGAGUUAGCAGCAAAAGCUAAAGAAGUACCAGAAACCUGGUUCAGGCCAAGAAAACUGUCAACUUUUAAUAUAAUAAGCAGAUAUAGUAGAUAUGCUGCUGGCGGGGAGGUUAAGUCAUGUCCCAACCCACCAAUGGUUACUUGGAAUGACCCAUACCUUGAAAUACAAAGCAUUGACCUCUGGAUUAGGUUGUGGGAUGAGCGUCGAGUCAUUGGUGGACUGAAAAUACUUUAUCGCAAAACCAACUCUCAAACCAAACCUGUGUUUUUUAAAGGUAGCCAUCAAAAUUCUGUGAACCAUCAUUUCAUUGAAUUCCAGCCUCACGAACUGAUAACAAAAGUAAUCAUUGGGAGUGGGUGGCUGGUAGACAGGCUUGGAUUUGAAACAAAUUUAGGUCGCACAUAUGGUCCCUAUGGUGGCCCAGGUGGCAGUCACUAUGAGGAGGUUGCCUUGAGCAGCCCAUUUUCUUAUUUAUAUGACAUUAAUUGUGAGAGUACUAAGACCCAGGGGACUGAUGCUAUUUUCAAUCUCAUGUUACGCUGGAUAGAAUUUCAUUAAUAUAAGUAAUGAGCCAGUCAGUGUUUUAGGGUUUGCGCAUAUAUAUAUAUAUCGGUAUAUGUAUAGCUUUAUUUUUACCCCCCAAUUUUUAUUUUAUUUUUAAGAGCUAUUACAACUAUAGGGGCAUUUUAAAAAAAAACCUGAAGUAAUUUUUUUGUUUAAUUGUGUGACUUUUCAGCACAAAAUAUUCUGGGUGUCUCAUUCCUUUGAGCCACAGAUAAGUCAGAUAUCUAUGUCUAAAUUAAGUGUUUUCUUUUUAUCUUUUCAUUUCUGAGCACAUUUGUUGUUGUUUUUUUAAGUCUGUUAAAUAUAGCGCUGUACCGGUAUUUCAAUUAUUUUUUUUCCAAUGGUCUUUUGAUUGAUUCUCCCUGACUUCUUUUAGUUUACAUUCUUGUUGAAAGCUCAUAAAGUAAUUAGCCUGAUCUUUAAUGGUUUUUGCAACUAAAACAGAAUAAAAAUUCUUUGCAGAAAAAAUUUAAAAAAUACAGACUUCAUAACUGUAAUACAAUUUUGUACUACUUGAUUAUACACAGAGCAUUUUAAGGAUCGUCUUCUAUAGAUUUUUCCAUUGUCAUUCAAAAGAUGGCUGCCUGAUCAUUGUCAUAUAUACCGGAUACCUCAGACACAAUGUUGAAUUAUUGGUACAUUUUUAAAACUUUCUUAUAUUCUUUUUUACUAAAACAUUUGAAACAUAUAAAACAAAUAAUACAACCCAGAGCUUAACUAUGACAACAACACUAAUUAUAAUGUUUGCUUAAAAAAGAAAUAUUUCUUUUGUCAGAGAAAUACAUUGAUAUUUUGAGUCCUUAAAACAAUUAGAACAAUUCUUUUUUACUAAAACAUUUGAAACAUAUAAAACAAAUACUACAACCCAGACCUUGACUACAAAAACAACACUAAUUAUAAUGUUUGCUUGAACCACAAAUAUUUCUUUUGUCAGAUAUUGAUAUGUGACUUGAGUCCUUAGAACAAUGUUUUUGACUAUCAAUAUAGACAACCAGAGAAAUGCAUUGAUAGGGCUUGAGUCUUUAGAACAAUGUGUUACCAUCACAAUAUAGACAACCAGAGAAAUGCAUUGAUACUUGUGUUUUUAGAACAAUGUCCAUCACAAUUUAGGCAUCCAGAGAAAUGCAUUGAUAUGUGACUUCAGUAUUUAGAUCAAUGACCAUCACAGAAAUAUAGACAUCCACUGAUCUGGCCAUUGAAAUGCCUGAUAAAAUGGUUAAUUAAUUUCAUUGGAAUGAGAACAUUGUAAUAGAUUGAAAUGUUUCUGUUAUUUAUCACGCCUCAUAUCUGAUGCAUGCAGUUUUUAUUGUUUGUUUAUAAUUGCACAAUAUAUUAUUGUAUAUUAAUUGGCAAUGUUUUAGUUUACAUUUACAAGUACACUACAAAUUAUAACACAAGAUGCUUUUUGCAUGCUAUUGUUUUCCAGAUGUCAAAUAUUGUUAUCCAUUGUUAGAGAAAAAGAUGUUUUAAGUUGACCGUCAUAAAAGCUUUCAUUGCACACUUAAUAUUCUCAAAUAUAUGUACCGUGGAAUACACAUAAUUCAAACUCUCAUCCAUUGAAAUACUUAUUUAUUAUUAGAAUUCACUUCGUUGUUAGUUGUUUUUUUUUCUUUUCUUAGUCCUUAUUGAAAAAAAAAAUUGGUUAAUUCAAAGUCAGUUAAGCACAACUCCGUAUAAUUUGAAUUAAACAUGAAAUAUUUUCCAUUGGCAGUAUGCCUUUUUAUCAAACUUUUAUAAGCCAGUGGAUUUUAGAGAGAGAGAAGGAGCAAUAUAAAGAGGUUAGUCCAGAGGUUAGAUCUUUUAAUCAGUCUUAGGCGAGUGAAAGUUCUUUUAACAAAUAAAUACUGGACACACUUAUAAGAACAUUUGACACAAAAAAAACUAAGCCCUUCUUCAGUCCAUAAAAUAUUAAUAUUGUGAAACUGUGAUAGUCCAACUUAAUCUUAACUUUCUUUUCCCAGCUGAUCUAUGUCACUUUGUUUUCCCAUCUGAUCUAUGCCACUUCUCUAGCUGCUUGAUGUGUGAGAUGUGUAAUAAAUAGACUAAAUUGAGGAUGUGUAAUGUUGGUUUUAGUUUUCAGUAGGCCUACAUGAUACACACAGUAUCCUGAUACCUUUACAAGGACAUUCAAAGGCAAUUGUGUUCAAAGAAAUGUGUAUUAUUUAAAAUACGGUACUUGUGAUAUUUUUUUUUUUGUCAUUAUUUGUAAGAUAGUUAUUUUUUACUUUUAUGGCCAACACUCAAUAUCUUACAUAUUGAUGUCUUAAAAAGCUGCCAGCAUAUUUAAAUAUAUGUUCUAAUGGUUUUAUUGUUUUUCACUGUACAACUAUGGUACAACAAUAUUAUUAUUUUAAUACAUUUGAUAUUUUGUAAUACCCGGUACAAGAAAAAUAAACAAAUGUUUCCAUCAA